UAGGGCCAAGAUGCAUAGCUCAUGAAUAUUGUUGUAUGGUAGAAGCAGGACAGUAGAUUGAUCAAUAUCUUGUUACAGGUUCACAUUCUCCACAUAUACUUAGCCUCCCAUUUAUACUCAGAAAUGGCAUAGAAAUAUGUAUUAUUGAUUUUUGGCAAUGGAAGUGAUCUCGUAUAAAUAAAUUUUAUCCAUUUUUUAAGUGAGCAACUAAAUGCAAUAUAGCAAUCAGAAGUUGUGUGUUUAAAAGAUCAUUUCAUUUCUACUUAAGGAAAUGCUUUGGAAGGAAUUUUGUUUACAAACAUUGAUAAUAUCAUAAUAUAUGCUUCUCCUAUUCUCGUUGGAGGAUAUAAAUGAUGCCUCCAUUUAUAUUUUGGUCAUUAAAAAAUUGGGAAUCCAAUAUAAACAAUUGUUUUGGAAUACAUUAAUCUACUUAAAUUUAAAAUAAAAAGUUAAUUUUUCUUCUUCUUUUUCUUCUUAUUAUUAAUGAUUGUAGACAAAUUGAUUCAAAUUAGAAUAAUUUCUUGUUCAUUUUAUUUGUAUAAAUGGGUACAUGUUAAUAUUAAUCACGGUUAGUUUAUUAGUGUACAUAUGCACGUAUUUGUUUUGAGAUGAUCAUAUUUGACUAGUGUAAAUUGUUUAGAUCAUUAAAGCAGGUGUCACAUUAUUGGAGUAGUUAAACAAAUUCACUUAAAGAAAGAGUUUUAUUUUUAAAUAAUGUUUAAAAUUUACAAAUGAAUCAAGGUUAAAUCUUUCGUUAACAUUUGCUUAACCUAAACAUACAAAUCAAUUAUCAUAGGCCAAUUUUUUUUUAAAAUUAUAAGCUUAGUGAAAAAAGUAUCACUGAUAUGUCACAACUUCAUUGUUAGAAGGAAAAAAAAAAUCAUCAUACCAUCAAACAUACCCAUAUUUAUUAUAUAAUACAACAUUUUAAAAACUGAUAUAUUUUUUAUUUUUAAGUAUGAAAUUCACACCAAUUACAGAUGAAAAUCCUUGAAUGAACCAAACAUAGGGCUGCAAAUCACAAACCAAUGAUUAAAAAAAUUGUUUACUAUCACUUUGAUCUAAUUAAGAGAUUUUUUUUAUUUAUUUUGAUUUUUUCUACUUUUGUUUAAUAAUUAAAGAUGCCAAUGUAUCAACAAAGCCUAACAUAAUACAAUAUAAUGUUUUUUUGUAUAUGAUCACAAUAAAAUUCAUUUUAUCGACAUUUUGUACACUUUAAAGAAAAUAGUUUUACGAGAAAAGAAAAUAAAUGAACACAAUAACUUGUGUAACUAAACCUGCUUUAGUUAAAAAAAAAAAAAAAACUUUGUACCAAAAAAGUUUUAAUCAUCAAAAUUUUAUGGAUAUUAAUUAAAGAAUUAAUAAAUAUUUUUUUAUUAAAAAUUAUGUAAAAAUACAUUAAAAACAUAAAAAUAGUACUUUGAAUUGAAAUGAGAGAGUUGUGGCGAUGGUGGCACACACGCACCAGACCAGCAACAUUUUCCCCCUUCCGAAACGUAUUUUGUGUUCAGAAAUGUUAAGAGUUCAAUCGAUUGAAAGAGUAAAACCAAAAGAGUGUGAUGUUACUGUUAUCUGAACGAAGUGAGCGAAGCAAGAACCCCUUCAUAACCUAAUUUUCACACUAAAUUCUCACCAACACUACGCACAGUAAGCUUCUAACUUUACUUUUUUUCUUUUUAUUUCUCAAACACCCAUUUGCUGCGGUUUUCAAUUUGGGUUUCAAUGACUUCAUUUUUUUUUGGGUCUUUUUUUGGUAUUUUAAUCAAGCAAUGAAGAUAAGCAUUUGAAUUGAGUUAGAUAAUUACACAGAUAUGAUGAAAAAACACCAAUUAAAAAGUUGAAAGGCACUGUUUGUAAGCAAUUAAAUUCACUCUGUUAUGUUCAUUGUUUCUGUCAUAAACUCAUUACAGAAAAGAUUUGCAAUUCCCAGUUAUUUAAUGGUUCUACUUAUUGUAGGGAUAUGCUAACCAGUGUCAAAAGUGAAUUUUGUUUAAUUAAAAAAGUGUAACAAUACACUCCUUCAGUAAUUUUCAAUACAUGCCUAAUGUGAUUUUCAAUGAAGGCUUUUUAUUUAUUAGCUCAAGUGGUACAUGCUUGAUGUCUCUUAAAGUCAGGCCUCGAGUUUGAAUUUUGUGUAUGGAAAAAGUCCUCGCUGGAAAAGCUAAUCUCAACAUGCUGAAGAUGUUCAUGACUCGACCAAAUUUACCUUCUACAGAGGAUACUUAUAGUUUAGACACACAAAAAUAAUGUCUUUUGGACACUGGUCUGCAAGACCCUUAAUUGUAUCCCUUAUAAUUAAUGAAAGUUGAUUUAGGUAUUUCAAUUGUUCAUGAUUACACAAAUUGUCCUUGUAUGUAUCUGGUGGUAGUAUUGUUCCGAUUGAUGUUUCUUACAUUUGGUAUCAUCUCUAGGAGUGACGACACCUGUGUUGUUUGCAAAAAGAAUGACAUCAUCCAAUUGUAUGACAAGUGCCAAAGUUGUGUCUCUGGAUUCUAUCUGUUCAGGAGUUUCUAAAGUUAGUCUCUCUGCAUUGUUUUACAAAGCCACAUUUGGCCAGAAGCAACGCUCUCCAUGCUUCUCCUUCAGUUUUGCUCAACCUUGUUUAAUAGUAAAUUUCAAGAGGAUGACUAUGUCAGUUAGAAGCAGCAUAAAUGACAGCAGUUUUAGUCCUUCCACGUCAAAUGGCACUAAUGGAAGGACCCGCAUAAUCAGAGUGAUUCAAGAGUUUCAGACCAAGUUAGGUUCUAAAAUUCAGGAGGUAAAGAAAAAUCUUCCGAUGAAGCUUCUUUUCUUCCUGGUUGGAUUUUAUUGUGCAACUGCUUUUGCCACUGUUAUUGGACAAACUGGUGACUGGGAUAUUCUAUCUGCUGCUUUGGCUGUGGCUGUUGUGGAAGGCAUUGGGGCUCUCAUGUACGGGGCUUCUCUUCCUUUUGUUGGCAAGAAAAGGAGCAUAAUUUCCAUGUUUAAUUAUUGGAAGGCUGGCCUUACACUGGGACUUUUCUUGGAUUCAUUUAAAUAUUGAUUUGGUUCCAUUAGUGGAUGCUGUAAUCACUUCAUGUGAAGUGGAAUUUCCCAGUGUUCUUUUGAGACUUGGCAUUUUUUAUGCGAUUGACUCAUUGCUGUUGCAGUUAACCAUCACCAGUCACCAUCACCAUGUGGAAGUUACACUCUGCAGAUGUAAGUUGGAGCUAGUUAAGCUUCUAAGUUUAAAGUCCCUGAAAGUCAAUGCUCAUAUCAAGAAGCUAGGACACUCAAGCUGUGAGGUGAAUCAUACAUAUUGAUAAUAAACUUAGCACUGGCUUUGACUGGGGAACGUAAAUGCACAUUGAAACAAUUGGCAACUUGAAAUUUUAGAAUACACCUCCACUGAGUUCUGUUCUAUCAGCACCUCCUUCAAUGUGCAACAUUUCACUCCUUCAGUCCCUUAUUCCUAAGCUUCAUUCUUUCAUACAUCUUGGCAUUGGAUUUGCUAGUGGAAUCACUAGUAUUCACUCUGCAGGAGCAUCCUGAUGAAUUGGAAUAUUAAGAGGUCACUUUACGCAUUGACUAGCAGCAUGGAUAGCAAUAUACAAUGAUUUAUAAUUGUGAACCUUUUUGCAAAUAGCAUACCCCAUACUCUACAACAUGAAAGAUGUGACUCUUCCAAAUAGAGGAAACUUGGACUGCCGCCUGACUGUUGAUGUCAAAAAUAAUUUUAGUUCAAAUAAUGCAAAAUGGAACAAAUAUGAUCUUAGUAGUGUGAUCGUGGAUCAUCUUUUCUGCAGGAACUACAAAUUUUUUUAACAAUGCAUCAGGUACAUGUGUUCCUGGCUCCAUCAAGAAUGGCAGAUAAUGUCAUUCAUCGAUUAUUUGUCGAUAUCAGUGUACUGCUAGAGGAUUUGCUGAAAAGCUAUCCAUCAUGUCUAUACAUAACUUUAUUUUUUCAAUAAGAGAAUUUUCAUUUUGUAUGUACUUUUACCUCUU